CUCCGCCCAUCGCUCCUGUUGCUGUGUUUUUGAGGAGAGGAGGAAAACAGGACUACACAGCUGCUGCUCUAAUGGACCGGAUGGGUUUUUCUGAAUGUGCUCAUUUUAAGGAAUUACUCUAGUUUGUGGCUUUGAUAACGCUCUAUGUGGGCAGUGGAUUGUUCACUAGCUAAGCGCUUUGGCUGCUUUUGUUCAGAGCUCAAAGUAAUUUGGGGAUCUAGUCCCAUUGACUGCUGCUCCUCCUGACAGGUGCGCACAGUGCGCAAAGAGGAUGGGCAGACGUGAGGCGGAUAGCAGAGGCGCAAUGAACACCAGCGACCGCUCCGAGCUGGGUUGUCUGCGGGACGCGACAUUCAGCGGUGAAGAGUCCCCAACGCGGGACAGCCACCGUCCCUGCGGCGCAGACAAGCGGCAGACAAACCCAGACAUGGAGGCAGUGGUCGGCCUGGCAGCGACUGCCACAGCGCCGAUGGAAGUGAAGAAGCACCAGCACAAACAUAACUUGAAACACCGCUACGAGGUGAUGGAGACUCUGGGGAAAGGCACCUACGGCAAAGUGAAGAAGGCAGUCGAGAGAGCAAGCCUGAAAACGUUGGCGAUCAAGUCAAUCCGCAAGGAGCACAUCACUGAUGACCUGGACAGGAUUCACAUCCAGAGAGAGAUCGAGAUCACCUCCUUGCUCAAGCACUCCAACAUCAUACGUUUCCAUGAGGUGUUUGAGAGCCGGGAUAAGAUUGUGAUAGUGAUGGAGUACGCCAGCAGGGGAGAGCUGUACGAUUACAUCCAGGAGAGGAGGAGGCUGCCUGAAACGGAAGCCAGAAGCAUCUUCAGACAAAUCACAUCUGCUGUCCACUACUGCCACAAGAACGGUGUUGUGCAUCGAGACCUCAAGCUGGAGAACAUCCUUUUAGAUCAAGAUUUCAAUGUAAAGCUGGCUGACUUUGGCCUUUCCAAUCAUUUCCAGAGGGGCAGACUGCUGCAGACGUACUGUGGAAGUCCGCUCUACGCUGCCCCGGAGAUAGUGAAUGGACUACCCUACCAAGGGCCAGAGGUGGACUGCUGGGCGCUGGGGGUGUUGCUGUAUGCCCUGGUGUAUAGCAGCAUGCCAUUUAAUGGGGCCAGCCACACCACACUCACAGAGCAGAUCAGCCAAGGUCGCUACAGCAGACCCAACCCCCCGUCAGACGCCUGCGCUCUUAUCGACUGGUUGUUGACAGUGCGUGUGGACGAGAGGGCUACAAUAGAGGACGUUGCCAACCACUGGUGGGUGAACUGGGGUUUUGAAGAGAGUGUGUGUGACUGCCCUUCAUCCCCACACCAAGAAUGCCCCUCCCCCCUAUUGGCUCGCUAUAUCGACUGGCAAAAUCGUGUCGCAGCUACCAGCAACAUGACCGUUGACCCAGGGUGCCUACCCUCAGACUCCUCCUGUCCACCUCAACUCUCUCCACACCCUUUUUACUUCAGCUUACCUCUGAAGAGUGAUCGUGGAGGAGGAGGAGGAAGGGCACGCGGAGGAAUAUCAUGCCUGAGGAAGUCACGCAAGGAGAAUACAAUUCCCCAGACUGCACUGGGAACUUGUGGUGGUGCUUGUGCAACAGCUGCCUCCUCCUCUGCGAGUUCCUCCACUCCCACCAUUGAAAGAAAGAAACCCAAAGGUAUUCUGAAACCCCAGAGAAGUUUUGACUCAGUCUUUCACAGCCCUCCUAAAGAAACAUUUCCCUCACAACCGUGUAACGCUGCUCCCCAUCCUUUUCGAGCACAUUCACUUGCCCACACACAUGCUGAUGUCCUAUCCACGAGCCUGCCGCUUCCCUCUACAUUCAGUCAGCCCUCAUCCAAAAUGCCCAAGAAGGGGAUACUGAAGAACUUGUAUGGAGGGGAGUCGGUUUAUGGCUCAUCCUCAGACAGAAGGAUCUCUGGAGCGGAAGUUGAAGAGAAGGGAGAUGCAGCUGAUUUGCGCUCCCACAAACAGCACACUUGUCUCCCAGCGGCAGAAGACAGCCCCACCAUGUGCACAGAGGCAGUAAGAAGAAGGAAGGGGAUUCUGAAACGUAACGGCAAGUUUUCUCGCAGCCUGGAUCUUCCCAACGACCACCACCCGGCACCCAUGAUAUUCCCCGAGGCUCUGCAGCAGCUUCUCCAGGCCACAGGGGGCGCCCAGGGUCACCGCAGCCGCCCCUCAAGUGUGGUGAGUGAGGAUAGCCUCUUCUCCUCCGAUUCCUUCGACCUACUAGACCUCAGCGCCCAAUCACAUCGCAGGAUUUUCUCUCGGGGGAUGCAGCAAAGCGCAUGCAGCUCUGAGGAGGACCUGGAGCAGCUGAGAUCUGAGGCAGACAGAGUUGGUGGAGAUGGAGGAGAGAAGGAAAUGCUAACAUAAGCCUAAGGAUCAAUGUAGACAUAAGUAUAGUGAAAAAAAUUGGGUCAAACACCAGUUCUUCACUUCACUUUUCUGUGACAAUCAGUGCCUGCCAUCUUGAAAAGACUUAAAUGAACUCUGGAAAGGUCGCCUCUCGAGAACGAGGAUUUUACCGUGCAUUGUGCUGUCAAUGUAAAGCUCAAUUGAGGCAAUGCAGAGAGUGACUAGACACUAAGGGACACCUAAAGGGGAUCAAGUGUCUGCCUAAUUGCAGAAAUAGGACAGGAAUGUGGCAAAAUUGAUCUGUUUAAUCUACUCACUCUAACCUCACCUGCACCUGCAAUAGUUCCGCUUUUUAUAUUUUACAGCAGAUUUUUGUUCACAUGAGCCUUGAACAUCUGAGUCUGGAUGCUGCAAUCUGGUAAAGCACUGUAGAUUUUUGGAACCGAUGAGAAGUAUGACCUAGUGCCAUCUUGGAUAUGUGAAUCCAUGUAUCAAUAUGUCAAAAGUGACAAUAAACCGAAAGGAUAUGUUAAAUGCAUUUCCAUCCACCUUCAUUUUAUGGCCACUUUGCACAUAAAAACCUGA